CGUAAAGGGGGUGGUGUUCAAGACAAACAGGAACACUCACAGAUUCACACUGAGGUGGAGAGAAUCCCUGCAAAAAAGUCAAUUUGUCUAGUUUUUACAAUUAGAGGCAAACAUGAAUCCUACAAUCCAAUGCAUCGUUCUUCUGACCUGCAUCACCAUCUGCAACUCAGCAUACUCCAACGCAUAAGGCCCUCUCUCAUCAUGGAUGUCAUAGAUUAUAAACCUCAUGAAUACUGCAGCAACCAUGAAGUGAUAGUCAUCCUGAAAGAUGGAGAUAAGCUUUGUCUUGAUCCAAACUCAAAGUUUACCAAAGCUCUCCUGCAAGCAAAAAAAGGGAUCCCACUGCCAAGUGAGACUCAAAGCUCCGUGCCCAGUCAAGCUCAGGUGCCUGGGUGCAGAGCGCUCUACUGGGAUCCGCUCAAUAAACAAUAAACAGAUCCUGGGACUAGAUUAUCUGAGAUCGGUGUACACUGUAUUGUUUAACUAACCUUUUCAAGGUAUGAUUGAUACUGUAUUCCACCACUUUUAGCUCCUUGCAUUAUCUCCAUUAACCCCAUACAUAUUUUCUUUAGGUCUCAUUUCAUUACCUAAUGCAGAUAUUAACUAAUCAAAAGCUGUAUCAAAUCAUGCAUAACCAUGUGCCUAUUGUUUGUUAAAUGUUGCUGUAUCUCACAAAUUAUUCCUAAAAUCAGAUUGGUAAUCCUGCACAGUGGUUUAGCUGCAAACCCCCUAAUGCUAUGACUGACUUUCUUGUAUUGAGAAUUAAUUUGAUUUGUAAGAUGAAAAUAAAAUAAUUUCACGUUGUCUUCAUCACAUGA